AUGGGAGGAGAAUGGAAGGAAACACCAGCAUUCACCAUUAAAGGGGAAUCUAACCUAACAACCAAACAAAAACAACAACUGGAUAAAUUCAUAAAUGAAUACAAGGAUAGGUUUGCAGAAGACCUUUUAGAACUAGGACGAAUAAAGGAGUAUGAACAUCACAUACCCACUACAUAUCACCAACCGCUAAAAUAUCAAUUUAGUACACUUGCUUUAAAUAAUCGAAUGCAGAAAUGGCUUGUACACUUACAACAAUACUCGUUUAAAAUUGAAUAUAAUCCAGGACGUGCCCAAGGUCAUGCACUAAUGGAUAUUCAAUUAUACGAGUCAAUAAAGUAUUACUUAACAAACCAUCGAUUACCAAGCAAUGUACCAACAGAUGUUCAACAAACUACACUAAAGAAAAUACAUGAAUUCACACUUAAAAAUGGAAAACUAUUUUGGAUAAAGAAUGAUAUGGAAAAGAGGGUUAUAAGAAGAAAUGAGUUAGAAGAAGUAUUAUUUAACAUACAUGGGAGUCAACUAUCGGGACACUUUAAUACAGAAGCAACAUUCAAUAGGGCCAAGCAAAAUUAUUAUUGGCCAAGAAUGUAUAGAGAAGUAGAAAAUUAUGUGAAGAGUUGUGACACAUGUCAAAGAUUGGGAAAUAAGAAGAAGUCAAAUGAACUCCACCCAAUACCGGUUGGACGAGCAUUUGAACGGGUAGGAAUAGAUAUC